AUGAUCCUCAAUGGAGACUGUUUCGAUCCCGUGCUGUGGGAAUAUAGAAAGAAAAGUCCUAAACUCAGAGUUACUGAGGUCGUCUUGGACGAGCUAGUGAAACGCAUUGAAAGGAUCCAGAUUCCAUAUGCUGAACAGUGGAUCCAAGAGUUGCGCGCCGGAACGAUGGAUGCGUUUGUCACACUCUUACUAUCACAACUCCCCAGUCUGAAGCGCCUCUAUCUAGGCAAGAAUUUUACCCGAGAGAGCCGCCUCAUGGGCAUGUUUCUCCGUUCAGCCCUCUGUGAGGAGUCCCAAAAUAGCCAUCUCCCUUCCUUUACACAUCUCCAAGAUGUGUCAGUUGUGUAUCCCGACCUUGGUAUCAACAUCCGCAGGUUCACAAAUGUCAGGAACACGGCAGAUGUCCUGCCCCUGUUCUACUUGCCGUCAGUUAAACAGAUAACGACCUUAGUCGACAACCCCACUGCCACUUUCAUGUGGCCUGGGAAAUAUCCACCAAAUCCAUCAAAACUCGUAUCGCUUGACUUGAAGAUGUUGCGUGAAGGGCCUCUUGGUCAAGUGUUAGCAGUCACUCAAGGGCUUCGCAAGCUUCAAUGGGAGUGGUACUACCGCCCAGAUCUCAAAGAUCACUCUGUCACGGAUAUAAUUAAUUUAGACCAAAUCACCGCGGAUCUAUCUCAUGUUCAAGCAACUUUGACGGACUUGUCUAUUAUGGCAUUAUCAGACCUCUCAGAAUCAGCCCCUGAACAGCCGGAGGUCAGAUUCCGUGGGUCUUUUAAAGCUUUUAGCGGACUCCAUAAGCUGCAAAAUUUGGAAGUUCCAAUUCCAUUUCUGCUUGGAUUUUCUCCAUCGGAGCCAAAUGUAGUUGGCCUAGGGGAAGCACUUCCAAACAACAUCGAAUGGCUCACCCUCACUGACGAUCUAUGUCUCCAGCGAGAAUGGGAAUGGGAGUGGGAGUUCGAGAUUGAAUACCUAUUGAGGGCUGUUCGAUCAUGGCUACAAGACUGGAAGAAAUUCACGCCUCGCCUCCGAGGAUUUCGUCUGUUGUCGAGGAUGACACACGAAGUGCAGUAUUGGGACAAUGGAUUGAUAGAGGAGCUCAGAGACAUAGGUGCCCAGACCGGCAUCCAGAUUCAGAUAAAAGAAGAACUCAAGUGA